AGUUCAAGGAAAUUGCUCCUGCUCGCGCAGACUGCUGGCCCGCCUUUAUAGAAUGAUUGUUACAGUGCACACACUGGUGGCUGUGUCCUCUACAGAGAGGAGGCAAUGAAGGACAUACUUGUGCUGCUGAUUCUGCUGUAUGCCCAAACUACCAAGGUCUGCUCUGUGCCCUAUCAGGCUGACUCAGAUGGAAACUGUCUUGACCCAAACAAAGAGUACAGAUUAGAUGAUACUAACCUGUGCUGCAAGAAAUGCCCCCCUGGACAGCGGCUGAUACAAGAAUGCACUGAAUCCACUGAGACUGAGUGUGAACCAUGUUCAUCAGGCCUGUACAUGGAGAACUGGAACUUUGCUCAAAACUGUCGCUCCUGCCCCAAAUGCAGAAGACAGAAAGGUCUGCAGGAGGCCCAGAGCUGCUCCUCUACCACAAGAUCAAGGUGUGUUUGCCUGUCUGGGAUGUACUGCGAGAUAGGAGAUGAACACUGCACAGCGUGUACCAAAUACAAGCCAUGCAAAGUUGGUUAUGGAGUGUCUGUGCCAGGGACAGGAAACUCAGAUGUGAGGUGUGAACGGUGUCCGAAUGGGACGUUCUCUGACACCGUCUCCUUCACGGACCGCUGUAUGCCUCAUACAGACUGUCACGGGAGGGCUGUUGUUAGAAAAGGUGACGCUAAAUCGGACACUGAGUGUGGACCUGAGGCUAUAAUUUCCAUAAUGCAGCCUCAAACUUCAACAAAAGAGCCUCGCAUUGAAAAUGUGUUCACAACUGCAAGUACAGUGAUGAGCACAGUCUCAGCAGCCCCAGACUCCAAGGCUCCACGUGGUCUGACAGACUCCACACAGUCUACGAACCCGUCUGUAUCAGAGGCAGUGUUCAACCAUUCGACAAAAAGCCCGCCACCAAGCACAGUAUCUGACGGUACACUGGCUGCAGUCAUCGUCGGUGUCAUUGGAUUUAUACUUCUUCUAAUCGCUGUCAUUCUGCUGGCCCUCUGUAAACCAAUCUGGAAGAAAGACGGCGCAAGAUUUCACCCCAAAGUAGAUGCAAAUGGAAACUGUGAGACUGGUGAUAAAAUCAAUCUUGGUUAUUUGGGGGAAACACAGCUGACUUCAUUCACAGUAACCUCGCCGGAACAACAGUGUCUGCUGCAGAAUGGGGAAGUCUGCAGUGACCACAGUCAGAGCAGUAACAACACUGAAACUUUAACCAGGACAGACGGCUGCAGCAGCGAGGAGUCCAUUGGCCCUUUGUUAUCCACCGUAGCUCUUCACAAUCCCCCCUCCACUCUGUCGGAGCCCAUGACAUUACUCUCCAACACAGAGCCCAUCAGCCCCCAGCUCAGCGUCCCCACACAGAUCUCCUCUCAGCCCUCCUCUCAGCCCACCAGCCCACAGGUCAUCAGCCCCGUCACCCCCAGUCCCCACGUCAACGUCAACAUCACUUUCAACAUAGCAAACGGGACUUGUGGGACACCGACUGUCACGCCCACAGACUUGAUGCAGGUUGACUCUAAACUCCCCUUUGGAGAGAAAGAGGAGUCGUUUAGCAUCCCACAGCAAGAGGCUGGCAAACAAUCACUGAUAUCAGUGCAGGAGAGUGAAAGUUACAGUGCGUGAAGACCACCUGCAUCAAAGACUGAUACAUCCAUUGUUAUUUCUUUCUGUAAACAUUGAAAAUAAUCUGACUACUGGCUACAAGAUGCACUUUGUUUUUUAUGAGCACAACAAACCAAGCUUGAACCUUAAUGCUGUUUCAAUAUCAAAAUCAUGAACUGACGCUGUGUGUUUAUAUGUAUAUAGUAAAUAAAGACGUUGGAUUAUG